UGCCCGAGAAAGCUAGGAGGCGUCUCAGAUGGGGAGCUUGUUUAUCAGGGAAGCCCAGCCAGCGCCUCUCCCUUUCCCAAGCUCUCCGCCGUUCCCCUUCCCGCUCUGUUCUUUUCCUCGUUCCUCGUGUGAAGGGUAAGGAGCCCGGAAGGCGGAGCUGCCGCCGCUGCCUGCAGGAACCCGUCUCUCCAGCGGCAGCGGCCUCCGCUGUGCGUGGCUGGCUGGGCGGAGGGCAGAACCCAUGGCGGCUCCACCGCCCCGGCUCUUGCGGUACAGCGUGAAGCUGCUUUUCCUCAGCGAGGAACAGCUCCUGGAGGGGCUGCACCUCUCCCAUCCCAGCCAGAAAGCGCUCCAGCUGGAGGUGCAGCCGCGAGAGGACGACGCCGAUAUGACCGUGACAGACGCUGAUGGAGUCUGUGUGUUCAAAUGUUUGGUAAACAAAGAUACUGAAUAUUGUCGUGUGGGAAAAGAGUCUGUUUUGAUAACACUUGGAUACACCAGUGCCUUACUCCAGUUCAGGUCACAUUCUGAAUAUAGCAUGUUUUCAAAUGCACUUAAAAACUGCAGAAAUCAGAAGAAGGAGCAUUCUGUAUUCAAUCAGAGAACAGAAGAAGCCUCUGCAGCUCAAUAUUUUCAGGUAGCAGUCCAUUGCAUCACAAUCCUAUCAGAGUUUUAUGGCUGCCUGUCCCAACAGCAGAAUAUGAUGCAGGAUUUUGUAAGGACAGCCACGUAUCACAGAGCAAUACUACAGAACCACAUAGAUUUUCAAGAUAAGGUGGUCUUAGAUGUUGGCUGUGGAUCAGGGAUCCUUUCAUUUUUUGCCGUGCAAGCUGGAGCUAGAAAAGUCUACGCUGUUGAAGCUAGCGCUGUGGCUAAAUAUGCUGAGAUUCUAGUACGAAGUAAUAAUCUUGGUGACAAAAUAAACGUUCUGUCAGGAAAAAUUGAGGAAAUCUCCCUUCCUGAGAAUGUAGAUGUUAUUAUUUCUGAACCAAUGGGUUAUAUGCUGUUCAAUGAGAGGAUGCUGGAAAGUUACCUCCACUCCAAAAAAUGGUUGAAGUCAAAUGGAAUGAUGUUUCCAACAUUUAGUGACAUUCAUUUGGCUCCUUUUUCCGAUGAACAGCUCUACAUGGAACACUACUCCAGAGCCAAUUUUUGGUAUCAGCAAUGUUUUUAUGGGGUCAAUCUGUCCAGCCUCCGCAAUGCAGCUGUGGAUGAAUACUUCAGACAACCUAUUGUAGACACGUUUGACAUUCGAAUUCUGAUGGCACGAACAGUGAAAUACACUGUCAACUUUAUAGAAGCAGAAGAAGAAGAUUUGCACAGAGUGGAAAUCCCCUUCGUUUUUCAAAUGAUGCAGUCUGGGCUAAUCCAUGGUUUGGCAUUUUGGUUUGAUGUGGCAUUUGUCGGCUCACUGGUAACAGUGUGGCUGUCAACUGCUCCAACAGAACCUCUGACUCAUUGGUAUCAAGUACGCUGCCUUCUUCAAACACCUCUCUUUGCUAAAGAAGGAGAAACUCUUUCAGGGAAAGUCCUAUUUGUAGCAAAUAAACGGCAAAGUUACGACAUCCAGAUUAUUGCUGUAGUGGAUGAGACUGGCUUUAAGUCAGGCAAUGUCCUUGAUUUAAAGAAUCCGUUUUUUAGGUAUGCUUAGAUUAUACUUUUAUGGUCCUGCUGGAAGAAAAACCAGGAUUUGCAACCAAACCAAGAAGCCUCUGAGGUUGAAAGUGUGAAUACUGAACAUGCUUCUUCUUCUGUGAAAUCUAACUGUACAUAUCUGGAAGAAAAUAUUUUAUGCAUAUUGUGUAAUAAGGAGAUAUUUGUGCAGUUCCACCUUUUCUGAAUAGCAAUCAGAUCUUGAACAUGUCUGUUUGCUAGGUAUUUCCUUCUAUGUUCAAUGGUACUUGCCUGAUAAUACAUUUACUUCCAUUGAAAACGUUGGGACUGAGAAAUGUGUAUAGGAAUGGAGUGCCACAGCCUCAUGUUUUCACAUUUGAGUUACUUUGUUUCUUUGCUCCAGUUGAUCAAUGAUGUGCCAUGGUCGGUCUCUUGACCCAAACAAUUACUAUUUGGGGGGGGGGGAGGGGGGAAGAUUUUAUUGCAAACUGGUUUGGCAGCUUGCUACGGAGGUGUAAAGCAAUGUGAGGAUGGUGGCCUCUAACCAGGAUUCUCAGGCUCUGGUGCCCCACCUCCUGAGGGUGUCUGAUGGGUAGGAAUUUUCUUUUUGUUUGGCUUCAGUCUUUACUUUUUCUUACCCCAAGGAAUAUUCCUAACAAAGCCUACCUCAUGUUUCUGUAUAUAUAUGUAUAUAUAUGAGUAGGAUACAGUGUGAAUCAUACUCAGGCUCUAUUUCAAGAUAUGUUUAAAUACUUGCAGCUUAUUCUCAGAUGGCCAGUAUUAAAAAGUUACCAUCUCACAGCACAAUGGCACUAAACCCUGACAAAUGUUCCUGUCCUAAAUUAUUUAAUGGUUGAAUGAUCCGGGACUGUCCACAUCAGUUGACAGGCUUGGCUUCAUAAACUCAUUCAAUAUUAGUAGAAUAAUUUCUCUACAUCUGUAUUUCUGUACAUCAUACAUUCUGUAGAUAAUACAACUGGAACUGUAUAUUUACGCUUUACAAUAAAAUUUCAUUAUAAA